CGGGACCCCCGCCGCCCACCCAUGGUCCCGGCUGGCAGCCGGGGCAGCCCCCGGUGAGGAGGGGCACGGGCACAGCCGGACCGCGGGCACCGAGCCCCCGCAGCCGCCCCGCCAUGACGAGCCUCUUCCGCCGGAGCAGCAGCGGCGGCGGCUCCCGCGGCGGCUCCUCCGCCCAGGAGCUCAACAACAGCCGCCCCGCCAGGCAGGUGCGGCGCCUGGAGUUCAACCAGGCCAUGGAGGACUUCAAGACCAUGUUCCCCAACAUGGACUACGACAUCAUCGAGUGCGUCUUGAGAGCCAACAACGGCGCCGUGGACGCCACCAUCGACCAGCUUCUGCAGAUGAACCUGGACGGCAGCGGCUGUGACGACAGCUCGGACUCGGAGGACAGCAUCCCGCCCGAGAUCUUGGAGCGGACCCUGGAGCCGGACAGCUCGGACGAGGAGCCCCCUCCCGUGUACUCCCCUCCUGCCUACGAGAGCCAGGUUUUGGGCAGCCGCUACCCCCGCGCCCCACCCACCCCCCCGCCCAGGACGGACGUGCCCGGCCCCGGCAGCGCGGCGCACUACAGGAACUGGAACCCGCCGCUCCUGGGCAGCCUCCCCGAGGACUUCCUGCGCAUCCUGCCCCAGCAGCCGGCCCGCACGCAGGGCGCGCGCGGCUGCCGGCAGCCCGUGGUCCCGCGGGGCCAGGGCUCCCUGGAGCAGGAGCGGCGCUGGAAGCAGUACCUGGAGGACGAGCGCAUCGCGCUCUUCCUGCAGAACGAAGAGUUCAUGAAGGAGCUCCAGAGGAACCGGGAUUUCCUUCUCGCCCUGGAGAGAGAUCGAUUGAAAUACGAGUCAAAAAAAUCCAAGUCGACUGGUGUUGCUGUCAGCAAUGACUUUGGUUUCUCCUCCAUAUUAUCAGGUGAGGGAGCUCCCUCUGCAGCCAGCGAGGCCGGCGGGGCCGUGUCCGACGAUGCCUUAUUCCGAGACAAGCUCAGGCUCAUGGGGAAAUCCACGCGCAAGAAGCUGUUCGAGCUCUCCAGAGCCUUCUCUGAGAAGACGAAGAUGAGGAAAUCAAAAAGGAAACACUUGUUGAAGCACCAGGUGAUGGGGACAGCAGCUUCCACAGCAAAUCUCCUCGAUGACGUGGAAGGACAUGCAUAUGAUGAAGAUUUCCAAGCACGGCGGCAGCAGCUCCGGGAGGAGGAGGAGACUCCGAAGGACGGGCAGUAAACGGUCUCAGCUCUGGGGUUUCUUGCUGGCACGAGGCUUCAUCAGCAGAUGGCUGAAAAAGGAAAAACCCACCCAACAAAUCACCCAGAUUUUGGCUGUUCCCCCUCUGCUGCUGUACUCCUCCGAAGUACAAGUGUCAAAGUGAGGCACAAUGUUUUCUUACCAAUGGUUUGAAAACAACUUUUCCUAUGGAGCAAAUCAGCCAAAAAGAAAAAAAAAAAAAAGGAAAAAAAAGCAGGCAGCUGCUGCGAGCGGCUGCGGAGGAGCCAGUGGGCUGAGGCUGGGGAGGAGCAGCCCCGCCUGCUCCCUCGGCCAGGAGGAAUGAAAUCAGUCCAGGAGGAAUGAAAUCAGAGGUACUAACGAGGAUCUGUUCCCACGUGGGGCCUGCUUGCCCGGAGCACUCCUGAACAUAUCUGUAGUGGUCUGAUGUAACUUCACUCUGCGCACACCGGAGCAAAAACCACGUGAGAAAGGGAAGCUAACAGCCGUUGUCUAUUAUUGCUAGGAGUAAUGAGCAGAGAUUCAGAUCAGGUAAUAGUCAAAUAAUAUAAAUUGUUUAUAAAGGAAAGGCCUUCUUUUCCUAGGCGUUUCACUUUGAAUUAAACCUUUGCCUUCGGCAUUGCUACAA